CCGAGCCAAUCUGCUGCCUUAGGAAACGGGAGAGAGAAGAUGGUCGGGGCUUUCUGGGGACAGAAGGUCCAGAUUUAUCGCGAAUAUUCGCAGCGCGCGGCAAAACUGGAUGUUUAUCAGCGCUGAAAGACGAGGGGAUGAAAAACAGCGGAUUUAAAGGCGUCCAGCGUAACUCACUCUGUAGCGACGGUUUCAUUAACGUUAACGUUACGGUCUCUAUGGGCCGUUAGCAAACCGCCUAGCAACCGGGACACGACCACUGUUAUUGAAACCCUGGGCGUUUUUAUGGCCCCAGUUUGGGCUUUUUUUCAAGAAAUUUCUUUGGGAAGUUCGUCCUUGCUUUGUCCAUCUGUAAGCCAGCCCCUUUUCACCUUUUCUGGAGGUGACAGCAGCUAUCUCGUGCUGCUAACCUGCUAGCCUAGCCACAGCUGUGUGUGGAGCCGGGGAGAGACAUGGCUGUCAGCUAGCUAGCUAACUAACUACAGGACUGAAUGGGUUGAAUGGGUGACUUCUAUUUCUUUCCCUUUUUUGGUCAAAGUUUUCUUUAAGCUGAGCCAUAAUGUGCUCUGUUCUGUGGUAGAAUGUUUAAUUUCUCCAUUGAAUAGACAGAACUAGUUAUUGAACCUGAAACAGCCAACCUAGUUAGUUACCUGUGCAGAGAAGUGCAUGUGCAAGUGUUUGGAUCCACAUUCCCCGUGAAAUUUCAUUCAGAACUGAUUUAAAACUGAUUAAAAACUUGAAAACUGAUUAGCACUAGGUUGACUGACAUUUCAGGACACACAGAUUCAUAUACAGGUACAUUCAUCACACCAGCAUGCUGUUAAACCAUACUGUGAGCUGAAGCUGAUUGAACAAAUGGAAUUGAACAAAUGAAACUAUUCAUGUUGGCCUGCUUAAAUGGUGAACACCUAGCUACAAAACAGUUGUGUAUUAGCUAGGGAUAGAUUAGUCACAUGUUAAUGAACAUGUUAUAAAUGUGGUUGGUCGGUCCAAGCUUAGUAAUAUCGAGAUAAUAACAACACCAUAUUGAGAAUAAUUUCUGCACUGGGUGCAAAGCUGGGUGUCACACUUUGCUCACUUUUUGCUGACUUUCCCAACAACAACACCAAAAAAAAGAACAUUUAACAUUUAAAAAUUCAGUGAUGAGUGUUGGUGACUUUGUUGCCACCAUAAUGAAGUCCCACUACAAACUCAUAGAGAAGCGGAAGCUGGCGAGAAAUUCACCUUGCAGUCAAAGCUGACCGACUGAUUAUUCUUCUCCUCUUUUGGGAGAGCCACACAAGCAGAUUGGAGUGUUGGAGAUUGCUGAGGAACUUGAGCAAGAGAGCCCUGGAGUCCUACACCUGGUGUGGAAGAUGCCUUCACACUGCAUGCCAAGGUGACAAGACUCAAGACCAUACCAGGCUCAAAGGUUACUGCACUGGGCGUGAUUGACUGUAUAGUUAAAUGUUGCAACAUUGUGCACAGCUGGGUGUCAUUAUGAAGGCUGUGUGCUUUUUCUUUCUACAUCCUUGCGGAUGACAACUCGGACCACAAUCCAGAAGCGGGCAGGUACAGAAAAGACAGACAAAGACAACGGAUCACACUACUGCUCAGGCACAGGAAUACCAACCAGUCUAUUUCUUUGACUUUCCUGCCUUUCCGGUCAGCCAGCCAUAGCUGCAUAAUGCAGGCAUAAGUUCACAUCCCAAUGCCUAUGGUGUUCAAUUCCCUCUUUAUGAGCAGUAACUGUGCUCCGCCUGUGCAUACAUGUGCAGCUGUGGUGGUGGUGUUGCUGUUGUGUUGUUGUUCUCGUCCUAUCCGUCCUCGCUGCUAUGGCCUGUCUAAAUGGCCCCAGGUUACUGGACUGGGCAAAUUCUCCACCACACCUGCAGUUCAACAAAUACGUCCUGACUGGCUACAGACCCAUAUCGUCGGUUCAGGACUGCAUCAGGAGCCUCUUCUAUCUACACAAUGAACUGGGCAACAUCUACACGCAUGGAAUCCCUCUGCUCUGUUUUCUGGUGCUGCUACCUCUGAACAUCCCCUGGUCUCAGAUCACCGUGACAUGGCUGGGUGUGGUGCACUUCCUGGCCUGCUUAUCUCCACAGCUGGGCUCUGUGGUCUAUCACCUAUUUAUGAACCACGAGGGCGGCGAGCCUGUCUACAAAACCCUGCUCACAUUAGAUAUGUGUGGCAUCUGUAUGAUCAACACCUUGGGUGCUCUGCCCAUCGUGUACAGUACGCUGCUGUGUUACCCGUUCACCCGCACCGUGGCCCUUGUAAUCUACAUCCUGCUGUCCAGCUACGCCAUCUACUGCGCCAUCACGGCCCGGAGCCGCGUGCGGCGCCUGCGCUCCUUCGCCUGGCAGGCGCUCUUCCGCUUCUCCUUCUUCCUGCUGCGCGGGGUGGGCGUGGGUGGAGGAAGCCCCACCUCCCUGCGCCACUUUCUCACAAUGGACGCCCUGGCGGUGGUGGGCGGGGUCAUCAACAUCACCCGCAUCCCCGAGAGGUUCCGGCCCGGCCUGUUCGACUACUGGUGCAACAGCCACCAGAUCAUGCACGUUCUCGUGGUGGGCUCCAUCCUCUACCUGCACUGGGGCGUGCUGGACGACUUGUUGUGGAUCAACACCUAUCACUGUCCCACGGACUGACCCGCCAGGACCACUGGGAGAACUGGGAGCGGGCUGGAACAGGGUGCCAAGACCUCUAGUAUGGGAAGUGUCUGGGAUUUCAGGGAUUGCUUUGGGAGUGGGGGGGGGGG